AUGGUAGUAAAUAACGAAGUUGUGGUUCAACCACCAGGAAAUCAUCUUCAAAAUAAACGUGCAACACAAUCUGGGUUGAAUCAAGGGAAUCAAGUCAAUAGAAUUGACUACAAUCAUCCCUUAUUGUUGUCUCCUGCGGAUGUGAGUGAGAUUCAGAUCAUUUCGUUCCAAUUAAUUGGAAUAGUGAACUAUUCUAUUUGGUUCAGAUCAAUGAGAGUUGCAUUGCAAGGUUGGAACAAGUUGGGGCUAAUAGAUGGCACAUGCAACAAAGAAAAAUUUCCAGAAAUGAUAUGGAAUCAUUGGGAAAGAGUGAAUGCAAUUGUUCUUUCUUGGAUUAUGAAUUCAGUUGCAAAAGGGCUACUUGGUGGAAUCAUGUAUGCGUCUAGUGCACAAGUGGUAUGGGAAGAUCUGGCUAAAAGAUUCAACAAGGUUGAUGGCUCGAGAACCUUUAAUCUUCACAAAGAAAUUUCUACACUGUCACAAGGAACAACAUUUGUAUCAAUAUACUUCUCAAAAUUAAAAGAUCUGUGGGAAGAGUUUGAAGUACUAGUGCCAACUCCAGGUUGUAAUUGUCCAAAAUCAAGAGAAUUUGUAGCUUAUUGUCAGAAAUUGAAACUAUAUCAAUUCUUGAUGGCAUAUACCUUAAUUUUUAGUGAUGAAGAACAAAAAUCUGUAGCUGCAACUUCAGAAAUUCUAGGUGCUAAUCCUACAAUUCAGAUGGGAAGUUAUGAAGCAGCAAUGUAUUCUAAAACUGGAGGAUCUCGGAAUUUAAUCAAAGGUUUAGAAGGAAUGCAUAUCUCUUCUAUGAG